UCUUGGAGGAGUGACGAAACUUACUUAGUCAGCUGUUGCUUCUAGUAGCCUACUCUACAUUUGAUCUAGCUUUUCUGUGGACGGAGUAUCUAUCUAGUUCUCCAAAUAAAAAAAUAAACUUCAACAUUCAGCCUUUCAUCACUGGAAGUCAAUAGAUUGAUCUAGUUCUAGAUGCUGAUUUCAUCAGGAGCUUUUAUUUAGAAUUAUUUUAUUUUUUCCUCAUGAUGAAUGUCUCCCAGACAAUGGAGACGGAAGAGGAUCUCCUGACCCGUCUCAACGUCCAACUGUACCACCCUCAGCAGAGUUGUAAGGGCCUUUUCGGGCUGCUUCCUCUGGGGAACAAGAGCAAACACUCGGCAGACGAGCCUCUCCGGCUGGGACGCGACGCCCAGGGCUGCACCUUCGCCCUGCUCGACGCCCGGGUGUCCCGCAAGCAGCUGGCCCUCCACGCCUACCGCACCGAGAGCCCGGACUUGCUGUUCGACAUCCAGAACCUGAGCCAGAGGGGACGGCUGUUGGUGAACAGCUCGGCGCUGGGCUUCCUGGAGAGGAUGGAUAUCCCGGACAAGGCCCUGGUCCGGUUCGGAGAGUAUGAGAUGCUGAUCAUCCGUGAGUCCGGCGAGGCCAAGGGCAGCUUCGAGGUGGAGUUUGAGGUGCUGGCAGUGCCUCCGUCCAGAGAGACGUGCAUGUACGAGCCUAGUAGGAGCCCCGUCAUGGAAACAGGCUCCUCACGUGUGAUGAACGGUCUUCCAGGUGAACUCAGAGUAGGCCUCCUCGGCCCCCUUGAGACCGAUGAGACUCUCAUGUUUAAUUCCUGAUGUGACUUUUAACUUUGUUAUUGACUUACACUCGAGUUGAAGCAGGCUAGGACUGGAUCCCUCCUUGUAAUGUGAAAUCAUAGUAUUAUUAUUUAGGUAUUAUUUUUGCACCCCGUUACUCUAUUACUCCACGUAUAAGUUAAAGACCUGUGAUGCUACAUUGUAAUAACAGCUACUUUUUAAGUGUAAUACAGCUAUUUGUUUCUAUAUUUUCAACUUUAUUAAAUUAUCUUUUUGUGAACAUA